AUGGAGGGACUGUCCUAUGUCUCACAAGUCCCAUUCGUGAUAAUUGAUUUGAUCAAUCUCAGCGAAGUCACGGUCGACAUUGACGCGAAAACGGCUGGAUUGAAGCGGGCGCCACCCACCGGCGGGCACUACAGUGCAGGAGGCUACGGCGCAAUGCUGAGAAAAUACGGACUAGCAGGAGAUAACGUUAUUGAUGCAAGAAUAAUCAACGCGAACGGAACAAUUCUUGACCGGGCAUCAAUGGGCGAGGAUUUGUUCUGGGCAUCACAGGCGGCGGAGGUGGCAGUUUCGGCGUGA